GAGAGAGAGAGAGUGUGUGUUUGUGUGUUUGUGUGUGUGUGUGUGUGUGUGAGAGAGAGAGAGAGAGAGAGAGAGAGAGAGAGAGAGCGAGCUCCAUCUGUAGCGCCAUCAGAGAGGCAGCAGUGUGCGCGCUCGGCACGCGUCGCAGCUCGCAGGGAAAAACCCGGCACGAGGAGCUCUUUGCCUCGGGAUACUCCAUUUCUGCCGUCACAUCUCGUUCUUUUCCACCCGGGACGCACGAGAUCAGCUUUACCAAACUAACCGGCGGUGAGCUGGGAGAGAGUCCGCCGUUAUACAAUCACCAACCGGUCUUACUUGACUGUCUCUCUCUCUGUCUCUGUCCUAAAGUCUCAGGCAUCUCUAAACGCCGAGACGUUUAAAUACACGUUUUACUUGGCGAUUCUGCGGCUUUUUACGCUGGAAUGAACUCGAGCAGAAGCUCGGCUUUCCGUGUGGAUGGCUGAUUCUGCGGCUGUUGUUCUCCACUUACACGAGAAACAAUUUGCUGUGAUGCGCUACAGCUCUGUCACCGGGUCUUACAGCAACUGAGGCGCACCGGUUUGGGGCAGAAAGCUGACGGCCUGAGGAGGGGAAGAUGACAGCUUUAAUCCCGGCGCUGCUUCUUCUCGCCGGCGUCUCCGUGACGUUGACUCUGAAGGUGGUGUCAAAGAGAGGCUCAGUGGAUGGCUGUACAGACUGGUCUGUGGACUAUCUGAAGUACCGGGUGCUGCACGGAGAACCGGUGAGGAUCAAGUGCGCUCUGUUUUACGGCUACAUCCGGGCGAACUACUCGCAGGCGCAGAGCUCGGGUCUCAGUCUGAUGUGGUACCGCAGCUCGGGGCUCGGCCACGGAGACUUCGAGGAGCCCAUCUCGUUCAACGGCCUGCGCAUGAGCAAAGAGGAGGACGCCAUCUGGUUCAGACCUGCCGAACUGCAGGACGCUGGCCUCUACUCCUGCGUGCUGAGGAACUCGACGUUCUGCAUGAAGGUGUCCAUGACUCUGCUGGUGGCUGAUAAUGACACGGCGGCCUGUUAUAACUCCAAACUGCGCUACACGGAGAAGGCCGAGCUGGGCAAGAGCAAGGACAUUUCCUGCCCUGAUAUCCAGGACUUCAUCCAGCCUGGCCAGGAGCCACAGAUAACGUGGUACAAGGAGUGCAGUGAGUGGCAGUGGAGGCCAAGUAUACUGCAGUCCGGAGACACUCUCUCUAUCCAGGAGGUGACGGAGGAUGACAUUGGGAACUACACCUGUGAGCUGCCCUUCGCAGGCUUCCUCGUGCGCCGAACGACUCACCUGAGUGUGACAGCUCCUCUGACUGAAGAUCCUCCGAAGAUCCUAUUCCCUUCUGAAAGCAAACUCCUCACCAUAGACAUGCAAAUAGGAGCUUCGGUCAAUUUGACGUGCCGAGCAUUCUUCGGCUACAGCGGCGACGUCAGCCCACUCGUGUACUGGAUGAAGGGAGAGAAGUUCAUCGAGGACAUGGACCAGAGCCGCGUCCGAGAGAGUGAUAUCAGGACCAUAAGAGAGCACCUAGGAGAACAGGAAAUGUCCAUCACGUUGACUAUAGAUUCAUUAGAAGAGGGAGAUCUGGGCAAUUACUCUUGUUACGCUGAGAACGGGAACGGAAGACGACAAGCCAGCAUCCAGAUCAGCAAACGCGUUGAGCUGAUGUAUACGAUGGAGCUGGCUGGAGGAUUAGGAGCCAUUUUGCUGCUGCUUGUUCUGCUCCUCUCUGUGUAUAAAUGCUACAGGAUCGAGCUGCUGCUCUGCUACAGACAUCACUUUGGAGGAGAGGACUCGGAUGGAGGUCAUAAGGAGUAUGAUGCGUACCUGUCCUACAGUAAAGUGGAGAUGGAUCAGUGGGGGCAGGAGCUUCAGGACGAGGAACGUUUUGCUCUAGAGAUCCUUCCGGAUGUUCUGGAGAAACACUAUGGCUACAAACUCUUCAUCCCAGACAGAGAUCUCAUCCCCACCAGCAGUCUCAGCAGUGAACAUUACCAGGAUGAGACACAGCUUGUUAGAGCAUACAUUGAGGAUGUGGCUCGUUGUGUGGAGAUGAGCAAGCGUCUGAUCAUUGUGUUGACCCCUGGCUACGUGCUACGUCGUGGCUGGAGCAUAUUCGAGAUGGAGUCACGCCUUCGCAGCUCUCUAGUGUCAGGCGAGAUCAAGGUGAUUCUGAUCGAAUGCGCCGAGCUACGUGGCGUCAUCAACUACCAAGAGGUAGAGGAGCUAAAGCAGUCUAUCAAGUCUCUGACCGUGGUGCGCUGGAGUGGCCCACGAAGCAACAAGCCUGCCUCACGCUUCUGGAAGCAGCUGCGCUACGCUAUGCCGUGCCGCCGGCCACAGCCCAGUCUCAGGACCCCCGCAGUAGACGCAGGAGAGCCGAACCCCUUCGCUCACCUCCACACCGUGUCAGCAAUCUCAGUGGCCACAGCAGCGUCGACAGCAGCAGCCCCGGCACGUCCAGAGCUUCGGGCCGCACUGCGCAGCUCGUACCGAGCGCACUCACUGGCGAGGCAGAAACACGCGCACUUCCGCAGCUACGAUUACGAGCUGCCGCUGGCAGCAGGAGCCACUCUGCCAGCACAACCCACCUACUGCAACCUGCCGCUUACGCUGCUUAACGGCCAGUGGCCCACCGCCAAGCGCCAGCACAGCCUGGACGAGCCGCACGCCAACAACAAUGCCAUGCUACCGUUGCUGCCCCGUGAAACCAGCAUCUCCAGUGUCAUCUGGUGAUGGAGAGGCAGCAAGGAUUAUAUGACUCCUGUAGAUGGGCUAGGCUGGGACAAAACCUCUUUUGCUCAUAGGGAUGUAGGGAAGUCUGGCCAAACAUAUAUAUAUAUAUAUAUAUAUACAUAUAUAUAUAUAUACGGAACCGCCUUGCUCUAAUCAAGCACCAUGGUCUUUCCGUGUCCGGCUUUUGGUCCACUGGAUUAGCUGAUCUCAUACUGAGGCUACUCUGGAAGUAAAGCUCCGCAGUAAGAGAUUAAUUAAAUAGUGCCAUAACAACUUAGUGGGGAGUCUAUGAGUGAACUGAGACUUGCAGCCACACCACACGAACGGAAACAGGGUCCUGCACAGACGUCUGCAGUUUACGCAUAGCAUCACCAUCUCCCGAUCUCUGUACACUUCGUGCCAUCACACUGCCUUUGUUUUUUUAUUAUUAUUAUUGUUUGUUUUUUUUGGGGAUUUUUUAUUUUUUUUUCUGUUGCCAAAAGAUAUACCGGUACUUUCACUUUGUUUCGUCGAUGAUCUUUUUACUGUGCUACUAGACUUGCCGUUGAUUUGACUUACUUUCAGUCUGAAACAGUGUGAGCCAUUUUGAAAUUAGGGCUUGGCUAAAUGAAAUGUUUACCCUUUUUGUUUUCACUGACAGUUUGCUCUACAUGUUGAUCCAAGCGUCCGGUUUCUGUUAGCUUCUGUAUGAUGUGUAUUUAUUAUUUUAAUUGGACAAUUUGUAAGAGGAAAAAAAAAAAACAACAACAACAACAACUACAACAACAACUACACAGAGAAUUAUGCAAGGAGUGGAGCCCAUCCUCAAAUAAUAAAAGGGUAUUUUAAGAAACAAGAAAUCUAUUUUUAUAAAUGGAAAGCUGUUUCUCUCUAUAUAUAACAGCAUCACCAGGACAAGGGGGUAAAAGACUUGUGCAUUUUGGGUAUUUUAUAAAUUUUGCUACAUUGUUUUUUGUUUGUACAACCUACAAUAAAAAUAACUUGAUGUCCUCAGAUUAAUUUAGGAAACAAUAGUAUACUGCAUUUCCUAUAGUUGGAUAAAACCUAAUGAAAUACAAGGGUUUUUUUUUUUUUCUUUUUUUUUUUUCUUCCUUUUUUGAAUAACUCUUAAAGUCAAGUUUUAAAGGACUUAAAAUCCUGUGUAAAAUCCAUAUACAUAGAGGAUUGAUAUGUAUUAUGAUUUGGAUAUUUAUAUUACUAUGUAUUAUAAAACACUACAGCCACUGAAAUGAAGUGUUUAUAUUUCUAAAGGCACAAUCAUUCUUGUUUCCAUUUUGUUUGUCACUGUGCAUUAAAAUCACCAACCUGUCAGUUUAUGUGUAGUAAAUGCUGAAGUCCAGUGUGUGUGUGUGUGUGUGUGUGUGUGUGUGUGUGUGUGCGUGGCUCUCAAUGCAGAAUGUUUUUCAACGGACGUCACUUUCAAUUUCAGUAAUCCCCUUGUAAUGUUUCUUUUUGCUUGUUUAUAAUUGUAAUGUAUGUAACAAUGUAUAAAAUACAAGAGAUGACAAAUACAGUGAAACAACCACACAAAUAUAAUACACACAUAUAUCAGACCAACAAACAAACCAAAUAAGAUCCACAAUACUAGACAAUAAUAGAAAAUGUAAUGACUAAAUAUAAUGUCUUAAUUUAUGAGGCUUAUAGGGUUAGGGUUAGAGUGCACACACCUAUCUAAGGUUGGAGUCCAUGACGCGUUUGAAAUAUGAACUCUUGUGCGAUUAAGCUUAAAUGUGUGUGUGUGUGUGUGUGUGUGUGUGUGUGUGUGUGUGUGUGUGUGUGUGUUUGUGAAACCAAUUUUUGAUACAGGCGAAAUCUGUUCAUUUAUACUGUAAUGAUUCAGGCGUAUUUAGGGUUGUCGGAUUUUUUUUUUCCACUGAUGCUAAUACAAAAAAAAAUUAAAUAACAAAUAAUAUUAGCUGAUAUAACUUUAUUUAUACUAUGGUAUGUCUGAAUACUCGAUUCUGAUUGGCUGGAAGGUGUGCGUUCAAACCGUGUAAUGCACAGGUAGUUCCAUUCAGUUUAAUCACUGUUCUAAAUUAAUACGCUGCCUAUAAACAACUGUAACCAUAGUAACGUACAGUUACAGUAGCAUACAGUAGUUAAACGCACAGCUUCAUUAUUAUUAGUAGAGACGCGGCACAGACGCAGGUAAUCUCUAAUAACUAUUUACUAUAAUGCGUUCAAAUAAACGUAAUCUGAUCGCACUACUUUA